AUGCACAUAGUAAAUCUUAAGGCUGAUGUAUCCGUGGCUGCUGCCAAUGACUCGACAGCAUAUGCUGUUCUUGGUUUCUUCAUUGAAGCAACCAAUGACAGUAGCAAACCAGAGAGCUGGAAGAACCUCACCUCAUUCUUAUCAAACAUUUCUAAAAAAAGGUGACUUACUGGACAUUAUGAAUCAACUUACUGUAGAUAGUCUGCUUGAAGGAGUGGACCGGACUAAAUAUUACCGUUACCUUGGCUCUCUGACUACACCAGCAUGUAAUGAAAUUGUGGUAUGGACUGUAUUCAAAGACCCAGUCAAAGUCAGCAAAGAUUUGAUUGAUCUUUUCAGCAACACAGUGCACAUCGAUACAACUGCCGAUCCUUUCAUCAACAACAACUACAGAAUACUUCAGUCUCUAAAUGGCAGGGUUGUGACAUCCCAACCAACUUCAUCAGCAAACACAACUUCAUCAGCAAGCACACAUCAUCACACUCUGUCCAUCAGCACAGCGCUCCUCUACUAUGUAUUUUUUUUGGUGUUUGUAGUCCCUGUCUACCAAGACAGCAGUGUGAUAAUCAGAGUGUUUGUUUAGUCUAGACACUUGUUUCCACUGAAUGUUUCAAUCAGACCCAAAUUAAUUAAUGUGCAUUCAUGUGCAAUGUUUAAAUUAUUAUUAAAUUACUGUAUUUAUUCUCUUAAAAAAAAUUAAACUUCCAAAAAUAACUACAAAAAUGAAGAAAAUAUAUAGCCCUAUUAUAGAGAGAGGGACUGCAAUAGUUGUGCAAUAUUAUGUGUAGUCUUUGUAUAUGGUGGUGGGUGGGUUGGGUGGGUG